AUGAUUGUGGUACUUACACGUACGAUUUUUAAGUUAAUAUACCAUCUGGCGUUCGAUACCUCAUCCCACUCGUCAUUUGAGAAUAAGGAAGAGGACAGCAGCGAUAGCGAAGAUUCUUUCUCCGAAGGCGGGGAUACCCCCCCAACACUAUUUUUUAGAGAGAAGCUGACACACAAUACAAGCAUACUAAAAACAUACCUGCUUCUAGGUCUGCUGUAG